GUCAUUGGUACCUAUGUGCAGGAUAAUAUGCUUUGGUUUCUUUUGGAGCGUCGGUUUAACAUAGUGGGUCAUUUCGUCAACACCAGCUCCAGGAAAGGUUUUUAUUGAUAUCUUUUGGUCAAUUCCUUGCUGAAUUCGUCGGGGAUUUAAAUGUUUUAACAUUGAAUCCCCUAAGAUUACAAUGUUAGGUUGCCUUUGUUUUGUCGCUUUGGGUUCGCUUUUAUCUUUCCGUUCGUCCAAAUUUGAUUGACGAUCUUGUAUGUUUCCUUUGGAUUGCUGGCGUCUUUCGAUCUUUCGACUAUUUUGCCCGCUUCGGCGUUGGUUUGGUUUGUCUCCGCUUGGCUUGUUUCCAUGUUUGGCUGAUAUAUCUGUGUUGCUUUCGUUGCCGUCGCUUUCGCAAUCACUCAGAUCAAUGAAUUGAUUUUGUAAUUGCAAAUCGUGUCGUUGAUGUUUUCCACUGGGAUUUUGUUCUAAGGCGUUUCGGCUUUUAGUGCUUUUCUUGUGUCUGUUUACGACAUUCCACGAUGACAAUGCCUCAGUUUUGUGUUGUUCUUGCUCACUUUGUAGAAUUUUAAUGACGGUGACCAAGCUGUCUUUUUCAUUUUCUAAAUCUUUGACCUUUGUUCUCAAGUCCGAUGUAAUACAUUUGUAGUUGUUAAUGAAGUUUAAUAUGUUGAAAUAACUGGCAUCCAAACCGCAGUUUGAAAAAACCCCAAGAAACCAGAAAACAAAACACACAGCAGACAGGUUUUUGUGGCAUAUAUUAUGGGUAAGGAAGUGCUCGAACGGUCUAGAGGCUCUCGCUAACCUACGUUUUACCUAGAGGAACAGGCGGACCUCUAGAUUGCAGAGGGAGUGACGCGGCUCUGUGCAUGUUGUUCAGCGACAUAUGAGUCCUGAUGGUCUGGGGACCACCAUUGGUAUACUGAGACAGUAUGGGUACUCAAGACCUGACAGAGCAUGCAAAACUGUAGGUUUUUCAUAGAGGAACAGGUGAACCUCUAGAUAACAGGGGAACAGGCGAACCCCCGUUCAGGUCAGUCAGCUCGUUGAUGUUGAGUACUAGUUGAACUGGUGAACAACUGAUGGUAACUCAACUGAAAUGACUUACCCAUCGAGUCUCUAGGUCAGGUCAUUAGGUCGCACUGCGACCUGAAUGACCUGUAAAAAUACACUUCACGUGGCGAAGUGUUGUCCAAAAGGACAGCACUUCCCUGCCAUUAAUUGACGAUCUGUGCGAAGUACAGAUUGUUAUUUCAGCCACGGGAAGCCGAGUCGAAUUAAGCAUUAUGCAUAUUUAUUAAUAUGCAGAGCAGAGGAGCGUUCGCAUAGGAGCAGUAAAUGAUGGAGGAGCAACUGGAUAAAAGAGGGGGAGGGUCUGGAAACAAUGGGGAGUAGUAAGUAAACUGUGUAAAACAAUUUUGGGUUUCUGAGCCCAUUAGUUUGUUAGCACACUACAGGGUGUGUUUGGGCUUGUCGAGUGCUACUGGCUCUCUUGCGGAAAAAACUGGUCGAGUUUUCAAUGUGUUCUGCCACAUUUGUGCUGUGUUUAAAUAGUGUUUUGGCCGAAAAAUAUAGAAAAGUAAAGAAAAGAAACAGGAAACGACCCUCGUAUGUAAUGGUGGUUUGUACCCCAUUUCAUCGAUAGCUGUCCAUCGUUUAAUACUCCACGAGCACAAAUAAAAUAACCCGUCUACGGACGAGGAUGACGAGGUCAAAAAGGCCUGAGGUGUACUAGAGAAUGCUGUUUACUGGAUGCUGACACUUAUGCUAAGGCUGGAUAAUCAGGGAGGCCAGGAAAAACCUGCAGUACAGGAAACCUGGGUAGGGCCAAGACCACCAGCAGCUCCCCACAUAGCUCUAUUUUUACAAGUUUAAGAAGAAUCAGCAUCAUGGUAAACAACACCAUACCUAAGACUGCAAAAUAUAAAGAGUCGGGGCAAGGGUUAUAUUUGUAGUAGUGUUUAUACCCUCUGCAGGUUUUCAAAUUGGCUUGCAUUUUGAACUAGCUGUUGUUAGUUUAGACAGAGGCUUUUUCUUGAGCCAGUAUAAAGUGUUUAUAACCAUUUUUCCUGCAAGUAUCCAAGUUAGGCUAUAUUUUGAAUUCGCCAUUGUUUAAACUGGAUUAUACGGAGCUUCUGAGCGUUAUAUAUAAAACUAGGUAAACCUCAGUAUAAACCUAAAACCUCGUCCUCGCAAUUUAUGCAGGAACAUUUACAAUACAUAUAGAUAGUUCAUAGGGCAGAAUGUUUUACAGUUCAUAUGCAAGCUGAAAACGGUGAGGCAGCAAUCCAGGGUUAAACGUCGGUAUAGAUAGCACUUGUGAACAUCACCAGAUUGACCAGAACACAUCCAAGUUUGUUGCUCGCCUUAAAAACAAAAUGAAAGACGCAAGAGAAAAACGGGUGCUCUACAGUGAGAAUUUUGUGGAUCUAGGUGGUUAAUUUAUAGGUGAAAAGAUAACUGGAUAUGACAUACAGGUAGACGCCAUGUGUACAAUAUGUGUAUUGUACUGGAACGUGUAGUAUAUUGCGUAAAGUAAACUAUUGCGCAAAUUCGUUAUAUGACACGCAAUAAGUGCGGGAUUUUCCCAGGCAAGAGAUUAAUUAAUGGAAAAUAACUUUAAUUAAUCUUAUUAAAUAGCUCGUGAUGUGACGCAGUUUUUCGAGUUAUCCUAAGUAAAUACUGCUAGCCAUAAUGUGUACAAUUGGGUAAAUUAACGAAAGAUAAAAUAAAGCCGUGUGCAAGCCACUGUUUGUACAGUUAGUGUAACAAAAUAUACAUCUGCACAAAGAAAACAUUUAACGUGCUACAGUAUAACCUCUUUAGUUGAGAUCAUUUCUUCGAGGUCAAUUUAAGUAUAUCAUGAACAUCUCAUUUAACUAGGACAAACCGUACGUCCUUAUAACUAGGAUAAACCAUCCUUAUAACUAGGUUAAACCGUCCUUAUAACUAGGAUAAACCGUCCUUUUAUAUAACAAGGAUAAUACAAUGUUCGUACGACUGGCAUAAAUUGAUACAAAGUAGGCUAUCAAUAGCAGCUAGAAAUGUGUUAAGACUUAUGCACAGGAAAUAGCCUCAUGGGACCGAGGCUAUUUUAUAUACCAGAGAGUGUAUACAAUUAGUACGAGUAGAAAGUAGCAGUACAAGAAGGCUGUAAUACAGCUGUUAUGACAUACAAGGAAAACCCGUCAUGCUACUGAGUGAAACUGUUUUGUUCGAGUCAAUGCGCCAAAAUAGUUCCCGCCUGAGCGAAUAGUGGUGCGACACGAGUUCGAAGACAAGCAAGGCGAAUGAAUGGAGAGUUGUAUAAUGUAUCCAACCACAUCUAUUGAUCUACAUAUGCAGUUAAAUUACGUGUUGUUUGUAUGGUAUUAUUCGACGUAGCAAAAGCAUGCAACUAGAGAUAAUAUAAGAUAGCACGUAACCUGGCGUAAGCGCGAAUGCAUAGCCUACGAAUACUGUACAAUACAAAAUGCGACUCAUGCAUGACACAGGACCAGAUCGAGUAACGUAUGGUUACAAUGCGUUACAUAGUACUAAUGUAGCCUAACAGCAGUAAAUUCAAGAGCGUUAUAUUAGGGAAGUAAAUAAACAAUAUGGAACGAACUCACUCCGUUUGAGGUCCCAGAACGUGGAUUACAAGCUGCGACAAUAUUCUGGUUCUGGAACACCGCAUGCAUGGCCGGCAUGGGAUCUUGUGCAUCUCAGGAUAACUGUGAGUCUGUACCGUCCUUGUUCUUCUGAUCUUGCGCAUUACUUUUGCCAUUUGUUCGAAGAUUGGCGGAAUCGGACAGCAAAACGGUUCUCUUUACUUUGUCUUUUUUUUUUUUUUUUGUAUACCAGGUUUUGGUAGCUUACGCUCUGGUUAGAAUAUUGCGAAUGAGGCGUGAAGCAUAUAGCCUGUAACUAAAUGUCUUUCACUAAGAAUGGGGCCAUUGUAUUGUUGCGACGGAUAUAUUUAAGAAGAGUUGAUUGAUUAAACCCAAGUGCAUGACGUGUUCACGUGCUGUUGCCAAGGUUCAAUCUCUUUUGGCAGCAUGAUUAGAAAGUAAUGCCUUGUUUUCCAAGUGCAGUAGUUUUGAUGACAGAUUGGCAUUUCCAUAAGGCAAAUAGAGUCUUCUUUGACAUAUUACUUCAUUAACCACAAUUUAUUGUGUUGCAUAAAUUGCAUAUUUAAUCUGCUGUUUAAGUAAAGCAUUUUCAUCUUUAAGACUAGCGUUCUCUUUAACGAGAAAUCCCUUAUUAAAAACCGUAGAUAUUGAUUCGUCACGAGACUUAAUGAUUUCGUUCUCGUCUCUUGCGAGGUUCCUGAUAUCUAAUUCUGAUCUUAUCUCCAGAGCUUCGCUUGCAAGUUCUGUGUAUUCAGCUUCUAGGUUCCCUCGCGCAAUUUUCUCGACUUGUAAUUCUAGUCUAGUCUCGUGCACUUCGCUUGCGAGAUUAUUUAUCCUACUUUCCAACUUCGCCUCAAGGCUUCUUACGGUAUUAAGCAAUGAUUCAUACUCGUUUAACUGACCACUGGAAAUUUGAUUCUCGCUUUCGUUACUUGCUACUUCCUCAUCAAAGUUGAUUGAUAUUUCGCCAUUACCAGAGACACAGGCAGCAUUUGUGUCUUCGGAUUCUAACUGUAGCUGUUUGUUGAGAUCAAUAAGUUGAGUCUUAAACUCAUCACACAACUUUCCAUUAAUUGUAAGUGAGUUACUAUCUGAAUACCAUCUUACAACAACUUCAUUCAGCUCAAGCAACUUACAAUAACCGCCGGGAGACGACCAUUUUGUUUCUUUGCCGGUCAAUUCGUUCAUCAAAUUUUUGAGACCUUCAAAAGGGCCUAUCCAUUUGAAUUUGUUCUUGUCAUUUACAACAAGAUACUUUGACGUACCAUUUGUGUGUUUUGCUUGAUCUACAACAUUAGUUGAGGUCUUAUCAGCCAAUUCAAAAUCUAUAUUAUCGGAGCUCAAGAGUGCAUGACCUUCGUCCAUGACUAGCUAGCUAACUGUAUUACCAAAUAUACACCCUUUCGAUAAUUACACAUACUUUUUGGUCUUGGAACCUCGCUCCCAUUGGUAAAUUACACAAGGUGAUUAGCGUAAUUAUUGAAAGGCUGUAGUAGCUAGCCUGCGUAACGUGUCUUAUGAAACAAAACCAUUGGGUAAUGGUGAUUCCCCGUAUUUUCGCAUUUUUUUAUCGAGUCCUGACUCGAGUCCUGGCUCAAGUCCUGGCUCGAAUCCUGGCUCGAAUCCUGACUCGAGCAAUAGUAUAUCUCAGUUUGAUUAUCAUAGCGUUAGAUAAAAGCUUUGAAAAUUCAAUUGAAAACAUUUUAAACCACCCGUAUUUGUAUAGAAUAUAUGUUAGUUGCAUUAACAUUGAACUUCUUUCUGUUUGAACUUAAAUUUGUACUUGUUUUGCGUUUGACAAGGCUGUCAAGCUCGCGACGAUUGGCUUUUAUACCUCAGUCAAGCAUGACUACAGAUUUAGCGUGUCAAAUGUCUUCUUGUUUGUGUCAAGAUUAUAAUAUUAUAUUGCUGUUCAAACGAGAUAUUCUAUACACUGGAAACGUAGAGUACAUUUUACUUUGUCUUUGUCUCAAGCAAAGCAUUUGAAAAAUUAAAAAUAAAUAUUUCUACUGGCCGUAUUCAAAAGAAAUUUUCCACACGAAAGCGCUUGAAUACAAGGAGUAUUUUACUUCUUUGACUGGUGGCGAAUUCCGAAGAGUUCAAGAAAUAUUCAAGUUUUUCUCGAUACGUAAUACAGAAAGUUUGGCCAAGCGGUGAGUAAAAUAUACGAUUGUUUUGCUUUGUGUAAUAUUAAAUGUUAAAAAAUAUUACUUUUGACCAUCCACAAACAUGCAGGCACUAGUCAAUGAGGUCAAUCAAUCAUGCAUUAAAUAAUGAUUUAAUUUUCAAAACGGCGUUUCUUGUUUAGCUUAAAAAUCACCUUUUGUUUCGAUGUUUACACUUUGUCCCACGUUGUCCCACUUUGCGAUGCAAAUCGUACAGACUGCCGAGGCUUCGCGCCUUCCCUCGCCUUUCCCUUUGCCGCCUGCGCUCCUUCGCCCAGCGGCUACGCUCGUGUUCCAAGAUCCGCCAUGUAAAGUGUAGUGAAAUGUAUCUCAUCGUAAUAUUAAAUCCUAAGAAAACUAAAGCCUCUGCGGAGGAGAGAGGCAUUAGACAUGGUUCAAUUAACCACUAAACAGAGCAUUCGUAAUCAAAACGUUUUACGAAACAAGUACCUUGCAGCAGACUCGCGGUGCUUCUGGAUUGAUUAACUUUGCAUAAUUAAUUAUUUUCAAUUCUCAACGGUGGAAGAAUGUGAUUUCGACCGAAAAUUUUUAUUUGACGAGUAUGUGGCAUUUCUUAUUGUUACGGUUUAAGAAAUAUAUCAUAGAAAAGCUAAGUAACAGCUCUUUCGUCCUAUGUAAAAAUUGAAUUGUUUAGUUAAGUUCAGUGAUGCACAACAGCCUGUUGAAAUUCCAUAGCGUUUUUUUUUAGACACCCAGUAUGAAAGAAAUGUACACACUGCAUACCUUGUAGUAAUUUUUCAAACUUCGCAACAAGUGCUCUAAAUUGUGAAUUCGCAGGUUUAUAUCACCAAAUACAUUUGAGUGAACGAACGGCAAGCCAAAAAACGUUGGGUCUCUAUAAUUUAAACAAAUAAUCAAAAAUGAUAAACCAAAGAGGCUUGAUUGCCAAUUUAUUUACUUUAUUUGAAAUCGACUUUCGCGUGCGAAUGCAAAACAAAGGGACCACAGCUUCGGUUUAUUUCGUCAAAACAAAGACACAGUUGGCAUGCUGUUCUAGUUUACAAACCGUUUCAGAUUAUACUGUAGACAAUACAAAGUCUAUCCCAAAUUAGAAUUAAGUCUUUUAGCUGCUUGAACAAGCUACGAAAUGACACGGAUCUUUAAAACGCAAAGCUACUUUUAACCACUUACACUUCUGUCAUUAUUUGGUUCAAAGCGUAGCCAUCGACCAAGUCUGUUAGGUCAGCAAGCGGUGUAGCGUCAAAUGUUUGUACCUAAACGUAAAUAAAACAUCACUCAUGCUAUCCUAUUACUUCGAUAGAAAGCCUCGCUUCCGGAAAGAAAGCGAUAUGAAAAAGUAUAAAUAUAAAACAAUAAAUUCGCAAACAGGACGUGCAUGGCCAUAGACUGAAGAGAUUUGACUUAAUACUCACCCACAAAACAAGUGCAGCCUUAAGCACUUGAGUGCUACGAUCUGCCUCCAUAUUAGAAUAUUUCUUGUCGAUACUUAAUUCAUCAACUAUCAAGUGGAAUAAGGGCACGCGAAGGCAAACUAUUUGGUUUCGAGCAAUAUCACAGGAAAGUGACGUCAGAGAUCAAAGUUAUCCAAUCCUUUGCCAGUAUUCUUCGGCUGAAACGUCAAUUACAUUUAGAAUCGUCCAAUGAGAUGACCGCUCCUAGCAUAAGAAGUUUUUUGGAGGCGUGGCGUAUAAUCGAAAAUCUUAGUUAAUUAUAUGUCAACCUAUGAGAACAUGCUAACUUAACCUGACGUUCAGGCCCUAAUUGUAAAUAGGGCCUGACACAAAACCUGUCUAGACCGCAUCUUCGUCCCCAGGGCCUUUUGAGGAAGGAGGCGAAGGGCACGCUCACAUGUUAUUUUUAGACACAGCAUGCAAUAUGAUUGACAAGUGUUAUAGAUUUCGUUCCACAAAAAUUUAUAUUCUCAUGAACAUGUCCGCAGAGUUUGCAUUUUGCGUUUUAAUUAAACUUAAAAAUUCAAGGUACCUCUAUAUAAUUAAGAGUCAGUUUCUCUAUUUAACCGAACAGCAAACAAAGAUUCAAUUAGUCAGUUGUGUGUAGUCUGUGUACAGCUUGACUGCCAAGCUUUCUCAAGGUCUCAACUUGCUGGACGCGGAUAUCCGAAAUUUAAAAUAAGGCGGAGAAUUUUAAAUUUCGGAUCUUUCUCGGUCGCCCUUCGGAGUAUCAUCGUGUAAUAUAAAUUAAUGUCAAAGAUGAACAUAAAUUAUUGCGCCUGCGAUAAGCUAAUAAUAUAUACCGCAUUCAAAAUGGCGCCCGAUGAAAAUUGAAAACAUUUACAUGUAAUUAAAAGGUUAGUAUAAAUUUACACAAAUAUUUCUGGCGUGCUCCCUUGAACCAAUCAAAAUCUUAGGGCCUGAACUUCAGGUUAAAUCUACAGGCACGAUGAUUUAUAUUUGAAGUAUUCAAGCGCCAACAGCGGUAUAUAUUUAUUAGUCUUUAUUAUAUAGUUUUCUUUGUUUUUCUUCAUUUUAAAUACUACUACUACUGUAUUUCCGGACCGCUCGGCCCCUCCAGGUAAUUAAAAUUUAUACCGAUACGUGCAAAAAAUUACCAGAACACGCCCGCCUCACAAAAUGAACCAAUAGACAGCUUAAGAUCUACGACGUCAGCUAGGACGUCAGGGCUAAGCAGAGGACUGGGACUAGGAUGUCGUCCUAAAUAAGCAGAUUGCUAAAUAUCUACGACGUCAAAUAUUUAGGGCGACAAGCGGAAUAAAAUUGGUAAUAGUUUUUUUAAUUGUGCAUGUGUCUCUCUCAAUUUGCUCGUCGUCCACCAAACGUCUACAACCUCACAACAAGAGUUUUACCGUCGUGGAUACAAGAGCAUAACAAACGGUAUUGAAUUCAUGUGUCUCUUUAAAAUUCAUUCUCAAAAGAAUGUAAAUAUUUUAUAUUUAUAGUUUAAAUGUCGACGUCGUGAAUCUUAAGAGGUAGUUUCCCAGCGGGCAAAAUGACGUUUAUCCAACGUUGAAUCAACGUUGGAAAUGACCUUCCAGACGUUGGAUAGACGUUGAAAAAGGGUUGACUAUGCAAAUUGGUUCAACGUUACUGUAUCGACGUUGAAACAACGUUGAAAUUAGGUUGCCAAUCUCGUCAACCAUAAUUCAACGUUGAAUCCACGUUAAAACAAGAGAUUGGUUCACAAAUCGACAUCGUACAUUUAACCAACCAUGAAUGAACGUUAAUUCAACGUCUGUUGGCUGCUGUUGAACCAAUGUUUGUAAAACAACGUCAGAACAACGUAGAUAGGCACCUUAAGCAAACAGGACGGCAACGCGACGACGACAGCUAUUCACACAAUGAUAUUCCUGAUUUCGUACAAACGAAAUGAAUAAUUAAAAGUCCCACGGGAGUUAGAGACGUUUUGUUAGGGCUUUUUACAACGGCAAACCAGCAAACAUGUCAAAACGCGACAAGUGAAACUACAAAUUUGCUCAGCAGAAGCGUUUUUAACCAUAAAGCCUAAUUUGUUUUAAUCUCUUUAAACUGAACUCAAUUCAUGUAUACAUGCAGUGAGUAAAUACACAACAACUCUUCGUCGAAAUAAUUUAUUUGAAGAAGUUUGUUUUGGCUGUUGUCGUCGCGUUGCCGUCGUACAUGCUUAAGGUCCCUAUUAUUAGGGUACGUUGUCGACGUCGCAACCUUUUUUCUACCAAAUUUCAACGUUGAAACAACGUCGUGUGCUCGGUGGGUUAUUUAUUUAGGACGACGUCCUAGUCCCAGUCCUCUGCUUAGCCCUGACGUCCCAGCCGUAACCUCAUUAAUAUGCAGAAAUGCGCAAUAGGCAAACUAAGAGGCCUAGGGACUAGGUUGCUGACGUCCUAGCUGACGUCGACGUCGUAGAUCUUAAGCUAUCUAAUUUCAUUGCUCGACAUAUACAAGUGAUCUAUGUUCACGACUCACAACCGCUAAUUACAGACGUCUGGUAUUUCUAUAAUUAUAUUGGAACGAAACAUUAUUUCUUUUUUUAGAGAAAUAUUUUCUUGUUGUAUUUGCUUUUUGGUCACGCGGGACCCACGCAAAGUGAUACACGCGGGAGAUUGCAAUAAAAAUUGCAGCGUACGAUCAGGAAUAAAAGGGCGGCCACUUAUAGGGAGGUUCAGAUAUUAGCUUUGGUUAGCUCAGUGGCGCAAUUUGAUUGGUAAAUCGGAUAGAUUUUAAUGCCUCUGAUUGGUUAAUGGUAACGGUAUCGAAGGUCAAAAAGUUAUAAAAAUUUAAUUACAGUGUGUCAACUUACAAACUAGAUAUUAUGAAUUAUGAUGAUUUUCAAACAGCUCAAAGGCAAAACUAAUUUAUAACUGGGCAAGAAAAGAUCAUAUCAUGCAAUAUCAUGAUAAUAAACUCCCUCUCGUAUACAAUUACUCUCUAGAUAAUAUGAUAAAGAGACAUUUAGUUUCCAUCAAUCAAUGCAACAAGCAAUGUUUCGUAUUCACUACGACAUUUUUUCUUCACCAUGUCCGGUAGCGACAUGGAAGCGAGUGCUUAGUAAUAUUGCUUCACUUCCAGGAGGUCGAUCUAUUUGAAAACAACAAACAGACGUUUCAAAAUGAAAAAAACUUAUGUGCCAUUGUAGGUAGUGGCAAUAAUAAGAAAGCUGCGGAUUGGUAGGGAUCACAACUACCUGCAAAAUACAAGGAGAACUUCGGCGUUCCUUAGAGGCCGAUUACAUGGACGAUUUCAACCCCGGGGUUGAAACGCAAUGCAUUCCCGGCAUUGAUUCCUGGAAGUGAAAAAAGCGGCUCCAUAGCCUCCAUCUUGUUUUCUUGUAAUAAAUAGUCACUACCACGCACGCUCGAAUAACUCAUGAAUAAUUUCAGCCCUGGGAAACAUGACAAAAUUUUCAACCCAGGGCCGAGUUCAAUCCCUCCGUGGUUGAAAUUUAAACCCUGCCAGAACAGCUGGGCAUUCUGUUGUCGCUGUCUGAAUAUUGCGGGCGCAUUUCUUUAGAGUAUUAAUAAUCGCCUGGUGAUUGGAUUGGCAUCUAUAUAAAUUCUUUAGGGACUCGAGAAAUUUGUGUUCCUGGUCAGUGUAAUAUUACUAAAUGGUGGUUAUAACUUGUGAUACAACAGUAACAACAUUCAUCAUUGCUCAUCAGCAAAACACCUUAUUCAUCAGUUACAUGCCUUUUUAGCUUUUAAUUUUGAAAAACUAACUAUUACUACGCAUUUCACUGAUAUGUGCAUUCCGCAUUUUUUUCUCGCUUCCGAACGGCGUUCGACGCAGGCUUGGUUACAAAAAUUGGCGCCUUUAAAGUUUUCAUCAAUACUUCUGUCAUUCAAGACAAGACAUUGACUAUUUAUAUUGAUUUAUAUUAACUUUGGAAAAUUCAAACUUAAAAAAGCGCCAAAUUUUGUAACCAGGCCUGCGUCGAACGCCGUUCGGAAGCGAAAAAAAGAAGCGGAGUGCACAUAUCAGUGAAAUGCGUAGUAAUGAAAAAUCACGGUGGCCACAAUCAGCCGGCGCACAAGUUGACCUCACUUGGCGCGCGGCAACACCAUCUCAGAUUAUCUUCGGCGUGAGGCUUACACAGAAUGCACCCUGGAUGUGGAGAUAUGACUAUCACGAUAGAAUUAAUUACGCCAAGUAACACGUCGUACACGUCAGGUAGCUGCUGAAAUAUUUUAAUAUUUGCUAUAAUAAGCCCAUAACCUGUCGGCAAAACAACCAAAACAUCUAGUUCACCAUUUUACAUUAUGGCCGACAUACAUUUGAAUGUCUCGUCUUUUAACGAAUAUCCAAGCCCUCUUUUCGCUAGAACAACUUUCAUAGCUCUUUCAGUAUUUGCCAUUGAAUAUAAUUUAAUAGUAGUACGAUUUAAAGAACCUUUAAACGUAUAAAAACCCAUUUUGUAUACUAUCAUAUUCUGAUGAUAAUCUUCGUUUAAAACAAUAUCGAUUGUGAGGGUGUGCCCGCGCGAAUUUAGUAAGCGGAAUAAACAAAGCAAUAAAAGCGCAUGCUCCAUUUAUCUCAUUUUGGAUAAAAAAAUUCGAUUUCUUCAGAGUCAUGCCACUACCUAACCCGCGAACAGGCCUACUCUGGGAACGAGAUACAUAACCCGCGAACAGGCAUACUCUGGGACACAAAAUAGAAAUAGGGCUCUGGGACGAGAUUGGUGACUACCAUCAACCCAUUCUCUGGCCAAAUCCAUAACCGGAUACGAUAAAAACAUGGUAUCCGGUUAAACACUGCGCAUCCUCAACGUCAAACGCGGAUAAACACUUCGGUUUUCUUGUUUGUUUCGUUUUGAAAGUUUUUCUCCAGGAAAACCCCACAAAAGCGGUAGGUUUCGCUAAUUUUAUUUAUUUAAAUCAAUUAGUAGGUAAGACGUGAUGUUCUCAAUGCAUGUUGAUAAAAUUUAGCAGUAUAUAUUUCCCUCUUAAACGUUGUCAAAGCAGUAAUGGAUACGGAUACGAAGACGAGAGAUUGUCUCACUAUUUAUAUUCGAUUUUAAGUCGCUGUUGUACAGAUUUUUAGAUCGGAGUUUUUGUAUUUUAUUAAAAGUCAACAGUCAUACAUAAGACAUACUAUACUGCAAAUCAUUUGAAAAUUGUAAAAAAUCGGUUUCUAGGAAGAAAAUAGUCAUUACAAUUAACUUCAUAUUCUGACUGGCUUUAAUAUUUUCUCAGAUGGCACGUCAGCUUUGAAAAUGUAACACAGAUUUGUUUGAUUAACAUCACUGAUUUGGAAAUACGACGGGCAUCUGCCAUAAAAUAUGCUGAUUUUUUGCUAUGAGAACAUCACGUCUCAACCUAUUAAUUUCAAUCAACUAAUUGAUAUAAAUAAAUAAAAUUAGCGACAUCUACCGCUUUUGUGGGCGAUAAACAAUCUUCCUAACUGCUUCGUACUGCUGUUCUUUCAACUUUAAUAACGUCUUUUCUCCCAAUUUUAUCCAAAACGAAACCAACGCUUCAUGGAGCGCUUGAUUUUUAUUCAUAUUUUAUACAAUAAACCAUAUAUUAUAUAUAUAUAUAUAUAUAUAUAUUAUAUAUUAUAUAUAUUGUUACAUUUUUUUUUUGUCGAUAUGUUUAGUGACCAUAACUUGCUACUUUUUAACUUUCAUGUUCAUCCCAAAUUAUCUCCUCGAACAUCUCGAUCAGUGUUUGAUUACCAUCAAGCAGACUGGGAAAACCUCCGCAAAGACCUUAAUAUCGGUCUCUCGUCUAUGACUAUUUCACCAGAGAAUGCCGACUGUGAUCCAAGUGCUGUUGUAGAUAUUAAUAUGGUCUGGCGAGGCUGGAGAGACAAGCUGAUGGAUGUAGCCGUGCAACAUAUUCCAACCAAAGUGGUGAAAAGACGUAACACUCCUCCUUGGCUCGACAGCGAAACCUGUCACCUUUUUAAAAAGAAAGAAACGGCGCGAAGAAAAGCAAAAAGAACAUCUAAGCCUAACCAUUUAGAACACUUCCGAAACCUUCGUCGCUCGUUUAAAACGCUCGUAGCACGGAAGCGAAAGAAGUUUUUCCAGUGAUUGCCAGAUCUGAUGAUCUCCAACACGAAGAAGUUUUGGUCGGUGUUUAAGUCCGUUUCACGCACUUCUAAUGUUCCCAGUAAAAUGGUGUGGUCUCAGGGCGAACACAGCGUCACAGCUGAAGAACCUGAUGAUAUUGCCAACCUCUUGAACGAAUAUUUCCACUCCACGUUCAAACCUUCAUUAUCCGAAGAAGAAUAUGAAGAUCAUCCAUCAAUCACCACCAUACCUCUCAGUGAAACGUUGAGUGACAUACACAUCACCCCUGACGAAGUAAAGAAUAUCCUUCUUUCUCUGGACGACAAUAAAGCAACUGGUCCAGACAACAUUCCCGCAAAACUGUUAAGAUGUUCUGCUCCCCAAAUAUGUUCAUCUCUUUGUGAUCUCUUCAAUCUUAGUCUAAAAUGUGGGAAAAUCCCUGCAGCGUGGAAAAUUUCUAACGUGGUACCAAUUCCAAAGAAAGGACUAUUAAAAGUAGUUUCUAAUUACCGUCCAAUUUCCUUACUUUCUAUCGUCUCCAAAGUUUUCGAGCGUUGUGUGUACAAUAGACUGAUAGCUCACGUUUCCAUCAACCUUCAUCAUCUCCAAUUCGGCUUUCUCAGAGGCAAAUCAACAACGGCCCAACUUUUACAAGUACUACAAGAGAUCGGUGAAAAGCUCGACAAGAGAGUCCAAACCGACAUCAUCUACCUUGACUUUGCGAAGGCUUUUGAUAGAGUUGAUCAUCGUUUACUUGUAAGAAAGUUAAAGAAAUUCGGGAUUGGUGGGACUUUGUUGAAAUGGUUUGAAGACUACUUAACCAAUCGUCACCAAAGAGUAACUGUCCUUGGCAAAACUUCACAUUCUCUCCCAGCACUUUCUGGCGUGCCGCAAGGUUCAAUACUUGGUCCUUUACUGUUUGUUAUUUACGUGAACGAUCUUCCGCAGGAAACAUCUACAUCGUCUAUUGCUUUGUAUGCUGAUGAUACUAAAUGCUAUCGUCCAGUUAGGUCACAUAAGGAUGAACAAUAUCUUCAAAAAGACCUUGAUGGUAUUAACAAUUGGUGUGAAUUGUGGCGGAUGGAUCUGAAUCAAUCGAAAUGUGAAGUUCUUUCGGUGACCAGAAAUCUGAAGCUAGUGCCGCCGAGCUACCACCUUAAGUACGACACUCCCAUCAAGAGAACCAAUGCCCAGAAAGAUCUUGGAGUGAUCAUCACAUCCGAUUUGAAAUGGAACCAGCACGUGUCCAUGGUAUGUGCCAAAGCAAACAAAAUGCUCGGCUUCAUUAAAAGAUCAUCAAUGGACAUUCGCAACGAGAAAACCCGCCUUGCGCUUUACAAGACAAUGGUGCGAAGCCAGAUGGCAUAUUGCACGCAAAUUUGGUCACCACAGUCCGUAUCACUUAUCCUUCAA